AGCUUGCUCAUUCGACACGAAUCUGUCGUUAUCACGUUUAUAUGUGUUUGUGCCUGUGUCUGUUUUCGUAGGCGGGAAUGAAUACCAUUCUCUUUUUGUGACGUUGAUUACCUUCACUCAUCCUUGAAAAGUAUUUACGUAGUAAAGGUGUUUUUGUCCUUCAUCAUGGACCAGGAGCUUGGUAAGAAAAUGUCGGCUUUACGACUUGCCGAAGCCAAUAGGACCAGCAAUAUGACAAGACCAUAUGCGGGUUUUCAAUAUCAAGCUGCUAAUAGCCAAUUACCGCCCUAUAAAUAUUCUACUGCAGCCCCUCAAGUAAAGUAUGAACCUCAGUAUGGAUCCACAGCAUCAGAAGGUAUUUACGCAAAUCUGGAAGAGCUCACUGGGAGUCCUGUCAGAAGCCAAUAUCAAGAUACCUUUAUUCCACCACCAGAGCAGUUUUCCCAAAGACUAGUUCAGGUAUCUCAGAUUUCUCAUGUUCCUACUCAAUCCAAAGUAAGUUUGGAGGAAGCCAUGCGUUAUACCCCACCAAACAUGGUGGCAUCUUCUGUUGAUGAAGCACCAGUUUAUGAGAAUAUCCAAUUCUACACUUCACCAAAGAAAACUUUGCCUAGUGUCCCUUCAUCAACAAACUGUGUACCUCGCCAAACCUAUCAACCAGUUUCUUCAAACCUUGCUGCAUUGAAGACAGAUGCCCACUUUGCCACACAAAAACCUUUUGAGCAAAGUCAAUUCCCUCCGCCUCCUACGUCCAUGAAAUGCAAAUCCUUUUCACCAUCUUAUCCAGCACCACAAAUCAUUAAGCCAUCUCCUCAAAGGUUUUCACAAGCUUCCUCCACUUAUCAGCAAACUCCACAUGCUCUAACCACAACCAGUGGUUAUGAAAAAUCUCCUCAACGAAUCCCCAAGCCAGGACUAAAGAUUGAUUCACCUGUUCAGAUGAGUCAAGCUGGUUCCUCCCCAAAGAUGCCAUUUGCAACUCUUCCUUCAAAAAAGGAAACUUCUGAUGCAGAGAAAAAAUUUGAAUCUUUCAUGAAAGAAAUAGAAGAAGAACUGGAGAAUCAGGAGCAAGAUGGAGAAUUUUUCGGCGUCUGUCACACUUGUGGAGAGAAAAUCACUGGUGCUGCAGAAGCCUGUCAAGCUAUGGGAAACCUUUAUCAUACUUGCUGCUUCGUAUGCUGUUCCUGCGGCAGGGCUUUGCGAGGCAAAGCUUUCUAUAAUGUUCACGGAAAAGUUUAUUGCGAAGAAGAUUAUUUGUAUUCUGGUUUCCAACAAACGGCAGAAAAAUGUGGACUGUGUGGGCAUCUAAUUAUGGAAACCAUUUUGCAAGCGAUGGGGAAGUCUUACCAUCCUGGAUGCUUCCGUUGUUGCGUUUGUAACGAAUGCUUGGAUGGUGUACCAUUCACCAUCGACGUCGACCACAAAAUCUAUUGCGUGACCGAUUACCAUAGGAUGUUUGCACCAAGAUGCGCAGCUUGCGAUGAAAUUAUCACGCCUGCUCAGGGUAGCAAAGAGACGGUUCGCGUUGUGUCUAUGAACAAGGAUUUUCACGUCGAUUGCUAUGUUUGCGAGAGUUGUGGCCUACAAUUAACAGAUGAGCCAGAGCGGCGGUGUUAUCCUUUAUAUGGCCGCCUCUUUUGUCGUAGCUGUCGGCUCAUGCAAGAUACUUGAAAUGCAGCCUACGUAAAUGCCAAAACCAAAAGAUUUUUCCGCCCUUCCUUUAUCUACAAUUACGCGCGAAAUAAGCUUUUUCGAUUCUGACAAAAAUUACUAGGCUUAAUUUAAAAAAAAAAGUCCUACAUGACGUCAUGAGAAUUUUUUUAAAUAUCUCUUCUGAUGUGAAUCUUAUUGAAAGUAAUUUGACAAAUCUCUUAUUAAGACAAAUCUUUUUUGAUUGCAAAUGUACACUGCACAAAUACUCGAUUACACAAUUUAAUUUUUA